AUAGCAGGCUUGGGGAAGCCAGCUGUGGCGGCGGCAUCAUGGCGGAGGUGAUAAGUGUCGGAGUGAACCUGGAGGCCUUUGCCCAGGCGAUUAGUGCUAUCCAGGCACUGCGCUCCAGCGUGAGCAGGGUGUUCGACUGCCUGAAAGAUGGCAUGCGGAACAAGGAGACGCUGGAGGGUCGGGAGAAGGCCUUCAUUGCGCACUUCCAGGACAACUUGCAUUCGGUCAACCGGGAUCUCAAUGAGCUGGAACGUCUGAGCAAUUUGGUAGGCAAGCCAUCUGAGAACCAUCCUCUCCAUAACAGCGGACUUUUAAGCCUGGAUCCUGUGCAGGACAAAACUCCUCUCUAUAGUCAACUCCUUCAAGCGUAUAAAUGGUCAAACAAGCAGGAGGAAGAGAUGAUAAAAUACUGAGUUCCUGAGAAGAAAGGACUGACCUUUUCCACCCUCUUUCACCUACCAGCUGGUUUGAAAACCUUUUUCGCUAUGGUGCUUUCUUACUAUUUUGGCUGUCAGCAGUUAGCUUUUCUGGAGUGUAAUAGUUGAAGGCAAGAGUACCUGGUGGGUGAUGGCAGUGUUAAAAGCUGAACUUUUCAAAGAAGCAGAGACUCCAUUAGAAUUGCAGCCACUACCCUUGUGCUGGGGCUGGGGAGAGGCAGGCAGUAUUCUAGUAGGGAGUGAUUGCCGACUCCCAGACACAAAACAUGGCUCUGGUGACGGUGCAGACUGCCCUGCUUCUAGAAUGGAGCAGUGGUGGAGUGUCUGACCCUCCUGGCACUGCCAGGCUUUGUUCUGUCUUCCGACAGAUAGACAGGUAAGACAUUUUCACAUCUCUUCCUGUCUUUGAAAACCGGGACGUACAUCACCAAUUUGUUAAAUAUUUUGCCUCUGGGGAAUCCUUGCAUUUUCUGCAUGGGAAAUGUAACCCGUUUUAAACACACAUUUCUCUACCUCUGUACCAGCUCUAGCAGCAGUUUAUACAUAGUGACCCAUACCUUGAUUUGCAACUUUUGGACCAUGCCCUUUUGUUUUUGCAAGGGUAAUGUAAAAUGCUGCUCACAAGUCUAUUUCAGACCUUACUAAAACAUCAUUUCCCCUGCCUUGUUCCCAGAUUUCUGUGCUUAAUCAUAGAAAGGCAGCUUGUUCAAAUAUACAUUAUUCUUGUUUGGAGAGCUCUGUUGUCUUGUCUUUCUCCCCUUCUCCCUCCAUAUUUGGUAACCCGGCUUCACCGAGGCCAUUCUUAUUAAAUAUCAUAAUUUGCUCAUUGGAGAGUUAUUUGUAAACUUAAUUAAUUCUCUGUCAGUGUUUGAGUUAAUUUUCUCCCUUUAAUUUCAGCCUCUCUGGUCAUGGUUUUCCAUACUCUGUCCUGUGUCUGUUAAAGACUUUGUAAAUAGUUUUGAACUGCCAGUUGGUGAUAUAUGGGCCUCUUUAACGUUUCUUUGAUUUAUGUACAGUGCUGUGGAAAAAGGCAAAGAAAGCAAAUUAUAUGGUGAAAAUGUUGCCAGUCUUCACUUCUUUACUGUUAGUUUUAAAAAGUACACUUAUCAAUCAGAUCUGAUGGAUUUUAUAUAAAGAUUGAAAAUUUAACUGUUUGAAGACUGUUGAAUUGUAUGUUCUUUAUUUGCUUAAUCAGGUGUAACUUAGUGCUAGAGUAAGGUAUCGGAAUUCUAGAAGCUCCUUAAAUCUCUACUAUUUGCCCCUAUCCUGCUCUCUUUCCACCAGUCCUCAACAGUAUAUGCAUGAAAUGGUGAGGCUUUUGAUAGAAGUUGGAAGGGUGGAAGCCUCUCAGUGCUUGAAACAUAAUUGCAUCCAUGUUUGAAACUCUGAACCCGUGUUUGGACCAGUGAGAGCUUCACUAUUAUGUUAGCUGGUUAUGACUUGUCAAAGGUUUCUCUGUAGCAUAGUUUUGAUGGGUUCCAGGUAGAGAUUAGCUUCCUGAGUCAAUCAGUGAACCAACAAAUAUUUUUUGAGGUUGUACUGUGAUUGUAUUCAAAUUUUAAUGUGUCUAAGAGCUACCUGGGGUGCUGACAGUAUUAAUUCCUAGGCCCCUCUGCAGAAAUUCUGAUUCAGUAGAUCUGAGGUGGGUUCCUGGAAUCUGCAUUUUUGGCACACGCUUGCUAGAUGAUUUGGAUAUGUAUGAUCACUGUGUUUAGAAAAAUGAUCUGAAGGUUAUAAUGCCCUUUGAUCGCACCACUCCUCUGUUCAGUACCUUCAAUGAUACCCUCUCUCCUCCAAUUGUCUAUUGACUAAAGUUCAAAGAAGGUAUAAAAAAUCCAUACCACUUGGAGGUAUUAUGGAUUUUUAAUUUGUGUAGGCAUGGUAUAUGUGUCUGUCUCUACAAGUUUCCUCCAAUGCCUGCAGUCCCCUUCUGAGUAUUUUUGUAUUUAUUCGUUUGUUGUUGUAUGCCGUCAAGUUGAUUCUGACUCAUAGCAACCCUAUAGAACAGAGAAAAAUGUAUGUUUCCUAGGCUGUAAUCUUUACA